AUUCAUCUUAAGCUUGUUACCCUUGAAGAAAAGCUCGCUGAUCAGGGCUAUUCUGAUGCUGAGAUUGCUCAGAAGCUUGAGGAGGCUAGGUUGAGCUUUGAAGCUGCUGCUGCUGCCUCUGAAGUGAGUGAUGCGCCUGGUGCUUCGAAGAUCUCUGAUACACAAACCCAUCAGGUUGCUGCAAGGAAAGAGAAGCAGAUGGAGGCGUUUCGAGCUGCACUUGGUUUGCCUGAUCAGCAGCAGGCUGAAGAGGGUAUCAUUGAUGAUGAGCCGAUGCGGGAGGCUUAUGAAGGUGGUAGGAUGAAGGAGAGACGGGAACAUUCCUUUUUGGACCGAGAUAGUUGGAGGAAGGUAGAUGAGGAUGUGGAGGAGAAAGAUGGUAAAGGUAAGGAGAGCAAGAAGCAGAAGGGUGAUGGUGAUGUUGAUGAAGUGAAGCGUCACAAGAAGAAAGAGAGUAAGAAGAGAAGACAUGAUGAUGAUUCAUCUGAGUCUGGCCGUGACCGUAGAAGGCGCUCUAAGAAGAAGGCUAAGGGGCGUAAACAAGAGAGUGAUAGUGAAAGUGACUCUAGCAGCUCGGGUUCUGAGUCUGACUCUGACUCUGACUCUGACAGUGGAGAGAAGAGAAGAAGUAAGCGUACAAAGAAACGCAGUAGAAGCAAGAGAAGUGUCUCUUCUGAAUCUGAAGAAGUUGACAGUGAUGACAGCAAGAAACUUAGGAAGUCGCACAAAAAGAGUCGACCCUCGAACCGAUCUGGUUCUAAAGAAGUGAGGGACAAGCAGGAUGAACAAAGAAGAGCUGGACGAAAGAGGCAUGAUUCUGAUGUUAGCGAGCCUGAGUCUGAGGAUGACAAACAACAACCGCGCAAGAAAGAAGAAGCUUACCGUGGAGGAAGGAAGCAGAAAAGGGAUGAGGAUGAGUCUAAUCUUGUGAAGGAGAGGUAUAGAGGUGACUCUGGUGGCAAGAAAGCUGCAAGAGACUCUGAUGACAGUGAGUCUGACUAUGGGAACAAGAAACAAUUGCGCAGUAAAGUAGAAGGUUACAGUGGAGGAACGAAGCAGAAAGGUGAUGAGGAAGAGGAUUUGACCAAGCAUGGCUAUGAGAGGCAUAGAAGUGAUUCUCGUAGCAAGAAAGUUGCAAGAGACUCUGAUGACAGCGAGGGUGAGUAUGAAAACACGAGGAAGCUAAAGGACGAAAGCUACCAAAGAGCAAUGAAGCACAUAAGAGAGGAUGAGGAUGAGGACAACCAUGGGAGAGACAGGUAUAGAAGUGAUGAUGCUGUUAAAGGGCAGGGAACAGUUAAGGAAGACGAUAAGAUGGAUAGGUAUAGAGGUCGAGCCAGCGAAGAAGAAAACGACAGGGAUAGAUACAGACAGAGACGUGAAAGGGAUGAUGAAGACUACAAGCGUGGCAGGGACAGAGGCGACAAGGAGGAGAGGUUUAGAGAUGAUGACGCUGGUGGAAGACGACGUGUGACUGGUAAGGAAGACGAAGGUGAUGAAAGAGUUAGCCGCAGGGAGCGUGAGUACUCGAACAAAGGUCGAAGCCAUUACGAUGGCCGAUCGAGCGGAAAGAGAUCAUCGAAAAUUCACGAGGCUAAUGAUGUUACUGAUGAUGACGUUAACCAGCUUUUCAUGAUAUGGAAGCCGGCUUGUCAAGGUUGUCGUGUUAACACCCGUGACAACCCAAACUGCUUCUGUGGGCUGGUUCCACCGGUUAACGGAAGCAGGAAGUCUGGUUUGUGGCAGAAAACGUCUGAGAUCAUUCAGUCUCUUGGUCCAGAUCUCUCCUUGGACCGUCGUGCUUCCGACUCUACACCGGCUGGUUUGACGAAUUUGGGCGCUACUUGCUAUGCCAACAGUAUUCUUCAGUGUCUGUACAUGAACACCGCUUUCCGAGAAGGGGUUUUCUCUGUUGAGGUUGAUGUCUUGAAACAGUAUCCAGUCUUGCAUCAGAUUGCUCGGCUUUUCGCGCAGCUGCAUGCUAGCAAAAGGUCUUUUGUUGAUUCUGAUGCGUUUGUGAAGACGCUGGAGCUGGAUAAUGGGGUUCAGCAGGAUACACAUGAGUUCUUGACACUGCUUCUGUCCUUGCUUGAGCGUUGCUUGCGCCAUUCUGGAGUUUGCAAAGCCAAAACAAUCGUGCAAGAUCUCUUCCGUGGCAGUGUCUCGCAUGUGACAACGUGCUCAAAAUGUGGGAGGGAUUCCGAAGCUUCUUCAAAGGUCGAGGAUUUUUAUGCUCUUGAGUUGAAUGUUAAGGGCCUCAAAACUUUGGAUGCUAGUUUGAAUGAUUACCUUAGCUUGGAGCAGCUCAAUGGGGAUAAUCAAUAUUUUUGUGGAAGCUGCGAUGCUAGAGUAGAUGCCACACGCUGCAUUAAGCUGCGGACACUACCUCCUGUUAUCACUUUUCAACUCAAACGAUGUGUUUUCCUACCUAAGACUACGGCGAAGAAGAAAAUAACUUCCUCGUUUUCCUUUCCUCAAGUGCUAGAUAUGGGAUCCAGACUGGCAGAGUCUUCCCAAAACGAGCUGACAUACGAUCUCUCUGCCGUGUUAAUCCACAAAGGAAGUGCUGUGAACAGUGGACAUUAUGUUGCUCACAUAAAAGAUGAAAAGACUGGCUUGUGGUGGAAAUUCGAUGAUGAACAAGUGACAGAACUGGGUAAACAUCCAUUCGAUGAAGGUUCUUCUUCAACUGCACAGUCCGAGAGUAAUGGUACAGCUAGUAAUGGGAAUACCACUGAUGUCAUUCAGUCAGACUCUUCAGACUGUAAGUCUGCUACUAAGUCAGAGGUUUUCUCAUCCAAUGAUGCUUAUAUGCUGAUGUAUAGUCUUAGAUGCGGUAAAAAGGAAAGUCAGGAAGGACAAAAAGAAAAUCCUAUUGACAUAACUAAAGAAGUUGAUAGUGUUCAACAGCGUGAAGGUGGUGAUCUUCCGUUACAUCUUUAUGAAUGGAUCAAUAACAUUAAUGCAGAAUUCCUUGAGGUUUGCAAGCAAUAUGAUUUAAGAAAGGAAAGAGAAUUGAAAGUUUUGACUGAAAGGAGGCAAGAAGUACGGACAAUACUUUCAGAAGCUGCCGUUCAGUCACUUGAAGAACAAUAUUAUUGGAUCUCCACAGAUUGGCUUCGUCUAUGGGCUGAUACCAUUUCGCCUCCCGCUUUGGACAACACCCCUUUACUGUGUUCCCAUGGGAAAGUGCUUGCCUCAAAAGUUAACUGCAUGAAGCGUAUAUCUGAACUUGCAUGGGCCAAGUUAGAAUCAAAGUUCAAUGGUGGACCAAAGUUAGGGAAAGGGGACUACUGCAGGGAAUGCCUUAUGGAUGGUGCUCGCAUGGUUGUCUCUUCUGACAGCUAUAGGGAUCGAAGAACAUUCAUGAAAAGCAUAGCAAGCGAUGUUCUUUCGGGAAAGUGUGAGGGCGGGAUGUAUUACGUCUCUAAAGCAUGGUUGCAGCAAUGGAUAAAAAGGAAAAACCUUGAUGCUCCAAGUGAAGCAGAUGCGGGUCCCACAGCUGCAAUUACAUGCAAUCACGGAGAGCUGAUGCCUGAGCAAGCGCCGGGGGCCAAAAGAAUUCUAGUUCCAGAGAAUCUUUGGUCAUUUCUUGUUGAAGAUAAUCUAAAAGUGGUACCAGAAGAUAAUUCGGGCUGUUCUUGUUUCCCUCUGGACUCCAGCCAAUGUUCUCAUUGCACAGAGGAACUUUCUGAGGUUGCAUGCCUCGAGGAUUCACUAAGAACAAUAAAGGCCAAGCACCGCCAAAAUCAUGAGAAGUUAGCCACGGGAAAGCCUAUUGCAUUAACGCCACAAAGCCGAUAUUUCAUGUUGCCUUCUCCGUGGCUAGUGCAGUGGAGAAGCUAUAUUAACAUGACUGGGAAAAAUAGUUCUUCAGCACCAGAGCCUGAACUUCUUGAUGGACUCAUUAGUACUCUCAAAUGCAAGAAGCACACAAGACUCCUUGAAAGGCUCCCUGAACUUGUGUGCAGACGUGGCUCAUUUUUUCAGAAAAAUCCAUCUACCGACAAGCUGACAAUCAUCCCUGAGCUUGAUUGGAAAUAUUUCUGUGAGGAGUGGGGAGGGAUCAUGGAGAAUGGAGUAUCUGCUCUUAUCGAGGUUGGUAACACUGCAGAUCGAAGUUCAACCCCAGUCGUCAUUGAUCUUGAGAAGGAUUCUUCUCCUGAUGAUAAUAUGGACAGUGAUACUCGACAGCUUAUCCUCAGGACAUCCCCAGAGAUUUGUGAGGAAUGCAUAGGGGAGAGAGAAAGCUGUGAGUUGAUGCAAAAGCUUACUUACUCGGAGGGAGAUGUAUUUGUCUGUCUCGUGCGUGGAAAGGAAGCUCCAAAAUCAAUGUUAGAGGCAUCUGAUUCGAGCCUUGAGGUGGAUCGGCGUACCUCAAAGAGAUCUCGGAGAACAAACUAUGGAAAGCUGACAAGUCUUAAAGUUUCUGCGACAACGACAGUGUAUCAGUUAAAGAUGAUGAUAUGGGAAUUACUUGGGGUGAUGAAAGAAAACCAGGAACUCCACAAAGGCACAAAAAUGAUCGAUCAGGAAUCUGCAACCCUCGCGGACAUGAACAUAUUCCCUGGCGACAAGCUUUGGGUGAGAGAUACGGAGAUUCAUGAACACCGCGAUAUUGCUGAUGAGAUAUGCGAUAAGAAAACGGGGCCUCAAGAUAUUGAAGAAGGGUUUCGUGGGACGCUUUUGACUGCAGAUAUCUCUUCUGAAGCCUGCUAGAAAAUGUAUUUUGAGAUCUCAGUGUAAAAACUAGAAUGCCUGAGAAAAGGGGUCAUCUAGAGAAGUAGCUGUGCAGGAGACGGGCGAUACAUUUUUGGGUCAGUUUUUGUGAAGGCAAAGCACUUUUUUUUUUGUUUUCUCAGGCUUAUUGUGUGGAUGGAAAUUUGAAGCUACUCAGGCUUUUGUGUGUGUGUGUGUGUGUUUUGCCUUUAGGUGUACCCUUUAUUUAUUAUGGGGCAUUGCGUUUUAAACUCUGUUCUUUUCCAAAACCAAUGUCUUUGAAACCGUUCGUGCUGCUCAUCUUGUGACUUUAUUCCCCAACCUCAAUAUAUAAUAUGAAUCAGCUCAUGAAUACGGAUUGUCACUACAAAAGUAGGAACUAUGUAUGCAAUACGCACUCG